CUGAACCCAAUAAAAAUCGAGGGAAAAAAUGGAAAAAAUCUCAACUUUACAAAAAAUUCUCGCAUUUUCUCUACUAUCAUUCUUUACCGCAUCAUAUGUAACCUCACAGAUAACGCCGCCCGAUUUUCUCCGAUGUUUGGACCGACAGCCAAGCGAUCCGACAAGCCCUAACUCCGCCGCCGCGUACAUACCCUCGAACGCCUCCUUCUCCGCCGUCCUCCGCCGCCGUAUCCCCAACCUCCGAUUCGACAAACCCACCACUCCAAAACCCAUCGCCGUCGUGGCUGCCGCCACGUGGACCCACCUCCCGGCCGCCCUGGGAUGUUCCCGAGAGCUCGGAAUCCAGGUCAGAAUCCGCAGCGGAGGCCACGACUUCGAGGGCCUGUCUUAUAUUUCCAAUGUUCCAUUCUACGUCCUCGACAUGUUCAAUUUUAGAUCCGUCGACGUGAACCUGACCGAGGCCUCGGCUUGGGUCGAUUCAGGCGUGACGAUCGGAGAAUUGUGUUAUCGGAUCGCGGAAAAAACCAAAGUGUACGGUUUUCCGGCGGGUUUAUACCCUACGUUGGGAGUGGGAGGGCAUUUUAGCGGCGGAGGGUACGGAAACUUGAUGAGGAAGUACGGACUGUCCGUUGACAACGUUGUCGGGUCCGGGAUCGUCGACUCGAACGGAAAUAUCUACACGGACCGAGUCUCGAUGGGCGAAAACGUGUUCUGGGCGAUUCGCGGCGGCGGAGGAGCGAGCUUCGGCAUCGUGCUCGGAUACAGAAUCCGGCUCGUUCCGGUGCCGGAGAAAGUUACGGUCUUUAACGUCAGCAGAACCGUGGAAGAUGGCGCGUCGGAUUUGGUCUGGAAGUGGCAAGAGUUUGCCUACAAGACGGACAGGAACUUGUUCGUGAGGUUGACUUUGACUCCGGUCAACGGUAAAAGGGCAGGUGAAAAGACGGUUUUAGCCUCGUUCGUGGGGAUGUACUUGGGCCGGUCGGAUGGGGUUGUGAGCAUUCUGAACCGGGGUUUACCGGAAUUGAGACUGAAGAAAACCGAUUGUACCGAGAUGUCAUGGAUUGAAUCGGUUGUGUUCUGGGCCGGUUAUCCCAUCGGUACACCUACCUCGGUUUUGCUUAACCGGGAACCCCCGAAACUCUUCAUGAAACGGAAAUCGGAUUACGUCAAGAAUCCGAUUUCGAAACCCGGUAUAGACGCGAUACUCAAGAAGCUUACCGAGAUCGAGAAAGUGAAGAUGGUUUGGAAUCCGUACGGAGGGAGAAUGAGCGAAAUCCCGGAAACAAGAACGCCGUUCCCGCACAGAUCCGGCAACGUUUUCAACGUCGAAUACGUUGUGGACUGGUCGGAAUCCGGCGACGACGCGGAGAAAGAUCACGUGGAACGCGCGAGAAAGAUGCAUGAGUUCAUGACGCCGUACGUUUCCACGAACCCUAGGGAGGCGUUCUUGAAUUACCGCGAUCUCGACGUCGGAUCGAAUGUUAAUUUCACGUACGAGGAAGGUAAAGUUUUCGGGGUUAAAUAUUUCAAGAACAACUUCGAGAGAUUGGUCGAUGUGAAAUCUAGAUUCGAUCCCGACAAUUUUUACCGCAACGAACAGAGUAUUCCUGUUCGAAAAUGACAAAAAAAAAAAACAACCGAUAGUCAUGCAUGUGAUGUAAUGUUGUGUUGCUAAAAAAAAUAAAUAUGUUUAUGUUUCCAUGA